CCCACUGUAACCAGGGCUGAAUCCUAAACAGAUUUCGCAAACAGAAAGACCAUUUUCUAAUUGUAUGGCUGAACGUUUGCUGGCAGAAUUUUUUAUGGACAAGUAAGUUGAGCAAAAUCUGAUCUGACAAGACCUUUGCAUCUUGGAAAGAACUGUAAUAUACAAAGACGCACAGAGACGGUCAAUCACUGUUGCUGUAAAAAAAAAAGGGGGGGGGGGGGGGGGGGGGUGAGCAGAAAGAGAGAGGGAGAGAGAAGAGAGAAAAGUGCUUGUAAAGGAAAGCAUUUUUUGUUGAUGGGAUGAAGCCAGCCAUGGAAACUGCAGUGGAGGAAAAUCCUGAGCAAAGCCAAGAGAAAAAAGGGUGUUUUGAAUGCUGCAUUAAAUGCCUGGGGGGAGUUCCUUACGCCUCGCUGGUUGCCACCAUUCUGUGCUUCUCCGGUGUUGCACUCUUCUGUGGUUGUGGCCAUGUGGCAUUAACAGGGACAGUGUCCAUUCUGGAAAACCACUUCUCAAAGACCGUCAGCGACCAUGCUUUGCUAACUGAAGUAGUACAGCUCAUGCAGUACAUCAUUUAUGGAAUAGCAUCAUUUUUCUUCUUGUAUGGAAUCAUUCUUUUGGCUGAAGGUUUCUACACCACCAGUGCUGUAAAAGAACUUCACAGUGAAUUCAAAACUACAGCCUGUGGACGAUGCAUCAGUGGAAUGUUUGUGUUCUUGACCUAUGUGCUCGGAGUUGCCUGGCUGGGUGUGUUUGGCUUCUCGGCUGUACCUGUCUUCUUGUUCUACAACAUGUGGUCGACCUGCCAAGUCCUCAACUCUCCAAUGGCAAACAUGACUUCUUCGAUUGAAUCCAUCUGUGUGGAUGUCAGGCAGUAUGGAAUCAUUCCUUGGAACGCAGCUCCUGGAAAGGCCUGUGGUGCAGGGUUAGGAGAAAUCUGCAACACAAGCGAGUUCUACCUGUCCUACCAUCUGUACAUCGUGGCCUGUGCCGGAGCUGGUGCCACUGUUAUUGCAUUGAUUCACUUCCUCAUGAUACUGUCAGCAAACUGGGCCUACUUAAAGGAUGCAAGUCACAUGCAUGUGUACCAAGACAUCAAAAUGAAGGAAGAGCAAGAGCUGCAAGACAUCCAGUCCCGGUCAAAGGAACAGCUCAAUUCUUACACAUAAGGGCAUUACAUAUUCUACAUUCACCAACCAUAGUAAUUCAACAAGAUAAUAUUCAGAUGAUAACUAUACAAACUGACCUGUGCAGCGCAGUGCUAAUGUGGGUCCCCCUAACAAACUAAUCCAUAACUCUCCUGGAAAAGUUUGUAGGAACCUCCGUUUGUGUUAUAUUUUCUCUUUUGUUUUAUAAAAAAAAAAAAGAUAUAUUCAAAAGUAUGCCAAUUUGAAUAUUUCUUUUUGUGUGUAGACUUUUACCCUUUUCUUAACCAGACUGUACUGGUAAAGCUUAAAACAUUGCACUAUUUUUUACUUUAUUAAAAAAAAAAAAAAAAAAAAAAAAAAAAAAAAAAACACAUGUUCAGCUGCUUUACGGCAUGCUCUUCUUACUUUAGCAUAUUUAACAGCUGCUAAAUAAAAAAGAAAAACAGUGUAGCUUCUUCUGAGCUUAAUGUUCCUUCAUCUUUCAUUAAAGAUUAUAUUCACAAUACAAUAUAUGCGCCUUACACAUGAACCGGUUUAAAGGGGGAAGAGAAUGAAUAAAAACUAGUGCAAUGUGUUAUUUCUACUUGCACGAUUGUCAUUGUAUGUUUAGACUUGAAUUUAAGCAAAAUGAGAACGCAGUGGUAAGAAAUCAUAUUGCAGCAGCAUUCCAUAAAAAAUCAGCCCUGCAUGCAUUCCUGUUUGGGGAAUUGGGGGCGGGAUCUAGAUAUGUAGAUUAAUACCUCUUUAGCAUAAGGCUUAGGGAUAAUAAGAUUUUCAGGGGGAUUCAAUACUGAUGUAUUUUUGCUUUUUUGGGGCACCUCCAUUUGAUCUCCUUUUUCCAUGUUUUGUAUGUUCCAUGGGAACACUCUGCAUGGGAAAACAAGUGUUGGUGUAAGACCCAGAGGAAAAACUACCUCUGCAUGUAGGAAACUUUCAAAUUGAUUUCCUUUAAACGGGUUGAAUACUCUUUAUUUUCAUUGAGUUAAUAUUGUUUACCCAAGAAAAUGGUUAGCUGAUACAGAAACAAGUCGUUUUUUUAAAGCAGAAAUAAAAAGUACUUCAUGUUCUUGCACGGUAGCAAAACUGCCCAACCCAACUAAAACAUCUGUAUGCAAACUGAAGUGUUUAAACAGUCAGCUGUAACCUGAAUAACAUAUAAAGGGGUUUGUAGGGAAAUCCAUCUCUACUCAAUCACAACUUGGUUGAGUUUGGGCUCUGCAGGAUUACAAGAAGCCUGUAGCACCUGUUUUCACUCCAGCAUUAUCUAUGGUUUUCUCAUCUCUUAACCUAGCAGGUUUUACCAUCUUCACCAUAUGGCCAGUAUAACCCAGGGAACUAAUUUAGACUUUAGUACUGAACAUUAGCAGUCAACCCUAAAUGGGGUUUGAAUGAAAUGAAUCCACAACCUCCUGCGCCUUUAACCACUGCACCUUUAAGUAAGGCUGAUGGAAACCACAGAGAAACGCUAUUUCUUUUCAGUGUACCCUUCCAGUACCACUCCAGCUAUCACUGCUAACAUACCCAAACAAAGCUGGGUUUCAUCUAUCUGCAAAGGCAGCCAAAAGACAGUCAAAGCAGGGUGCUUGAAAGGUUAUAGCCAGCAACUGGCACAUGGAAGUUCUAAGGCAUUUCAGCCCUUGCCUGUUGUACACAUAAUUCGUGCUGUUAAAGCAUCAGGAAUAUGAUGUUUUGGAUUUUAGAAAAAGGUUACUGGUUUUACUGCUGCUAUGUAUUUGGUAUGAAAAACCUCUAAAAUAUUGUAUUAAUAAUUAUUUCAAAAUCUCUGAAAAUGUUUGUCAAUAUUGUUCAGAUGUGUAAAGGUUAAAAAACUGACUUGUGUUACUGAUAUACUAUCUGUUUUAUGUUAGGUCGAAGAGAUGUACUCGAAUAUCUUAGUGUUAAAUCGUUAUUGCAUGGAAGAGAGUAACUGUUUAUGCAGUAAUACAGGUGAUGUGUUGUCAUUUGUUCUGACAAACUAUGGCAGUGUUUGCCCACAUCCUUCUAUUAAAGGAGAUACAUUUCAAUUUAUGUAGUGGACAUGGCAGUUUUUAGUUUUGUUUAAUAGACCUUAUUGUAUUUUUUUAUUUUUUUUUAUUCAAAAGUCAAAAAGGUACCAAUUUUAUAAACUAAUAGUAAAUCAGUAUUUUCUAUGAGUGCCAAGGGCUUCCUUAUGGUUUUAUUCAAGCAGUUAUUAAACAAUUGUAGAUAAAA